AUGGACGGGCUGGAGCAGGAUAUGAUGAAGCAACAGUCAGCCUUCAUGGAGCUCCAGCAGCAAACUGGAGGCCUGGCCCACAGCAUGGGCCACCACCCGGCCUACCAGAUCCGCCCGCAGUACCCGGGGGCGCACCCGCAGCACCAUCAACCACAUGACGUGUUUUCCAGCCAACAACAUGGCCGCAUGCCGUCACAUCCAUUUUCUGUUAGCCCAUACCAGACGCCAUCACCUCCUAGGGACGAUAAAAGCCAAGUGGAAGAACAGCUCAGAAUAAAUGGAAAAGGCAAGAAAAUGCGCAAACCGCGCACCAUAUAUUCCAGCUUGCAACUACAACAGCUCAACAGGCGGUUUCAGAGGACGCAAUAUUUGGCCUUGCCCGAACGGGCGGAGCUAGCGGCCUCUUUGGGCCUGACUCAAACACAGGUAAAAAUUUGGUUCCAGAAUCGAAGAUCUAAGUACAAAAAGAUCAUGAAACAAGGAGGACCCCCGCCGACCCAGGCCCCUUGCUCUCAAACCCCAGUGCACCAGGGAUCUGCAGCAUCUCCGUCGCUGCAGCAACAGGGAUCCAUGGGGGUCGGGAUUAAACAACAGCAGAACUCAUUCUUGGACGAGGGACCCCCCGGUGGCGACAUGCACCCAGGAUCCCAAGGGUCUCCGACCCCUCAGCACGGCCUCCAGCACCCACACCCUCAAGGAACGCCGACCCCAAUGCUCUCAGCUUCCUCGCCUAUGAGUCAGCAGGGCAGCGUGUUGUCAUGGUCGGACCUGGGUUCGAAUCCCAACUCUGGUCAUAUUCAUCCCCACAGUCAUAACCAGCACCACGCCCAGCAUCAAAUCAACAGCGCCUACAUGUCCCAUUACUCAUCCUGGUACACCCAGAACGGACUACCACAUCAACAAUCACUACUGACGUAA